AUGGCGAUGAAAAUGAAGAGGAGGAGGAAGUGUGAAUCACCCUCAUCCGAUGAUUCUACCCCCACCAAUACCACCCCACGGGCACCUUUCAGCCAGCUACGUCAAUUGAGCCACGCAAAGGAUGGACAAAGGUCAAAUGAGCGCUACAUUCAUUUGUACCACUCUUCCUUGGCCUUACGGAAGGCCAAAGCGUUUGGGAAGCCGAAGGAGAGGGAAGAGGAGGUGGAGGAGGAGGAAGAGGAGGAGAAGAAAGAAGAAGACCCCGAUGCUGUGAGGGCACAGAGCUCAGGGAGGAGAUACCUCCCCGAAAGAGGUAGUUCGUGUUCGUCAAGUCUUUCGACUCAUCAAAGAAUUCUUCAGCGGAAGCGUCGAAAGAGGCGUUACGCCCUCAUGAUGGGACACCCCCCUUCACUUGGGUGUGAAGAUUUCAGUGACUCAAGAGAUGUAGCCCAAAACCCUAUGGCUGAUAUGAAGCACAAUCGAAGUGAUAACGUGAUUGACCACAGGGAGGAAGUCAUUCACUCCAAAAGCUUGCCCUCGAUAUCCGACCAGUGCCACUUGUCUCAACCACACGCCGACUGGCUUCCUCGCCACACAUCGUUCAACACGCCAGAGGACUCACUUCCGAAGCAUUGCAAAGGAACUGAGAGUGGCGUUGGGAGCGCCUCUUCUUGCUCCUCUGUCCGCACUUCACUCUCUUUUCCUUCGAAUGCGAUGAAUCCGUGUUAUGGGUCACAACAGCCUUGGAAGGCCAACACUCUCGCAUGUUCUGAAAAAGGACGAGGUUCAUCUGGACUCAGCCAGAAAAGGCCGGCCAGAGCUGAGUUGAGGCAUUUAGAGACGAAUCCCUUUCACCCUUACUACCAAUUGCAGGAGGACUACCAUCAUCAUCCCUCAGAUGCCACCCGACCAACCUCAGGCGUGUCUCAACACGCUUGCUCCUCGUCAAGACUGAGUUCUCACUUUGGGAGUACGGUUGAGCUAAAAGAGCCGCAAAACAAUGGCCAAGGACCAAACGAAAUUAGCCUCCUCACCAGCGGCAGUGCCGCUCACAAGUUCCACGAGGCUCUGGGUCUGGUUGAUGAAUCCAAAUCUGGUAAAGCUUGUUGUUCCAUUCCCGCUUACAGCAAUAUUACAACUAUUGCUACUGCUACUGCUUUUGCUGCUCCUUUUUCUCCUUCUAUCGUUAUGACGAGCUCUACUACCCAAAGAAUGUCCUCUUCCUCCAUUACCACAUUGCCAUCCAAGACUUCGCUUACCUCUAAACAUAACGAAGUGGCUUCUUGGGGACGACACGAGAAUUCUCAAAACUCCAGUAGUCCUUCCGUGCCAGAUGAGGAAUUGAGUUCCCUGUUGCAGAACUACUACUUAGACGAAUCAAGCUCAUUGAGGCCGGUGUCUGGUUCCACUCAUCACCACGCACCGCCACACCAACAGCUAAUUAGACCAACUGAAGACAACCACUCCUAUAGCUCGAGCCUUUCAGAGGAUUGCCCCAGUGGCCCGGGCAAGAACCGUUCUUUGAACUUUGAAAACUGUCAAAAGCGUACAAGUGAUAAUGUCAUAACAUCUCAUCCUCAUUUGGUUGGAACGACGGCGGCUUUCACCAAUUAUCCCCAUUUCAACCAGCCAAAGACAACCAUAUCCAAAGGCUCCCGAGAAACUUCUUCGGUGGUCUGGACCAGUGAAUUAAUUCCAAGUUUGCCCGCCUGUGAAAACAGACCACAAACGAUUAGAGACAACCAAGUUUCAUCAGACAAACAAGCCAGAAGCCUCGAAGACGGCUCUCACCGCCACCAACAACAGCACCACCGACGCCCGUGCUUGCUUCCACAUCCAACAGAUCCUUCUGAAAAUGCUGUUGUGAACGAGCCCACUAGAGCCCUUUGCUCCCAACCUAGUAUCACACAUCUGGAAGUGGAACGUCUUAGUUUGUCUCAACAAUCCGUGCUGGAAGUGUCGCCACUAAGUCACGUAUCAAUUGAUUCCGGAUACGAAGGGCCCACCGAUUCGCCAUUUCAAAGGGUGUCUGCCUCACCUUCGACUUGGCCACCAGGCCAGCAUCAUCAGUACGUGUAUUUGGAUCCAAAUGACCAGGGAUGCGAAAAAGUAGCCCAAGAGCAUCCCGAUCUUCUACAAACCGGGGAGGUGAUGAUACCGGGGAGUGACGAGGAUAUGGGUUCGUUUCUUCCGGAAGAUCCCUUACCAUCGUUUGGCGAGGGUUCUUGUCAGACCGAAGAGGAUAUAUCGGACUUGGUGGACCAGGUUCUCAACUCAAUUGGCGAUGUAUCCUCGUCCAUAUCUCACGAAACUUCCCAUCCCACACUGGCGGAUGAGUCAGGUGAAACGACUUCAGGGACAAACCCGCAUGGUUCUUCUGGCCCUGAGCAGAUUGUUUGUGAGUUGAAUUCGAGACCAUGUCAAGCUGAUUCCAACAGAAUAGAUAUAAAAGCUGUAGGCAGUCCAUCAUACCUGUCAGUGAGAACUUCCAACACAUCUCUUUCCACCGGAAAACUUGGCUCACCUUCGCCUUUGGAAGCCUCCUCCCGCAUUACCUCACCCAACUUAGAGGCUGGAAAUGGAACGAAUUUCUGUUGCCGCCCCCAUCAACAUCAACACCAUUGUCACCCAUAUCACCGAAAAGUCACAGGGGAAAAUCUUCACCCAUGCACCUCCUCCUUUACGGCGUGUUCUUCAUCUUCAUUCGAGGAGGCACUGGAAUCCAAUUCAAAUCAAUGGACGAACUCACAUCGGUCCAUCGAGGAUGACAGGAAGCAUUGCAUUGAAAGUGGCGAUCCGACUCAAAAACACCAAUCCCCCUCCGGAUUCGCCUCUUCAGACUCUUCUUCGUUAAUGACUUGUCAACAACAUCACCUCCAACCAAUUACCAAUAGUAAUGGAACAGAAGGAGAGGGAACAAAAAACUUUUUCCAACUCGACAACUACAGUGAGAAGACGAAUGAAGAGAAGCGGAAAGGCCAGGCCAUUCAUGUUCGAUCACCUGAGACCCCCAAUUCGUUCUCACUUUCCUCGUCUUCGUCUUUGGGUUCAACCAUAUGGGGCACACAUAACAGCAGCCCCAUCAACGGAGGUGUGUCGGCACCGCCUUUGGCCAAGCGACCAAGGCGAACUGUGGGUGUGGUUGAACCCAUUCGAAUCACGCCCAACAUUCAAGCUCCAACGGUCCCAGCUUCGAGCCAACCCGGGGCCCUUCUUAGGGGCUAUGUCAAUGCGAAUGAUUCAGGUGACAAGCUCAUGCUCGAUGCCGAAAGCGGAAGGAAGAACCUGCGAUCCAAACCAUGGAAUGUCCCAAGCGUGAAGUUAAGUCCCCUUUCUAUUAAGACCAAUUCCUCACAUCCAUCGACAACGGAAAAACUGCCCUCCUUCCUGGAGCGAGAACAACAGAUCUCAGAGCAACAGCAGCAGCAGCAGCAGCAGCAGCAGCACCUCUCAGGGCCAAGGCGAAACUUUUUCUCGAGAGUUGGGAACAACGAGUUGUGCAAUGAAAUUUAUCAACUCUACUCUCAACAUGGACCCCAAAGGGACACAAUGAUAAAGGAGAGAAGGGGAAGUCUAUUACCAAGAGAGGAGAGCCGAGAAAGAAAGAGUAGCCGAUGUAGAAGUAAAAGAAGAACAAGGAAGGAAAGGCACGCUCUUUCAAUAGCAACAACAACCACACCAACCAAUGCCACGACUUCGAGUAGCAAUAGUAAUAGUAGCAGUAGUCGUUGUAGUACUACAUUACCCAAUGAAGAUAAUGUGAACCCUCGAGAGGGGGAAUCACUCACAGAUGGAUAUCGCAUCACCCAAAAGUUACCUCGCUACUUCAAACGGGCCCUGCUUCGCUCACGUGGAACGGAAGGCAAGCACAGCUUAAUACCCCUGAAAAAGAUGGGUCAUUUAGAAAGUUUGGAAGAGGAGACAGAACUUUCUGGCGAGGAUUCAAAUUCAUACCUGACUGAAACCUCGGUUCAAAUGAGAAAAGACAACUCACUAAAGACUUCCUCGAGGGCCACCACCAAUGAUCUUACUUUUGAUUCUGCUGUUCCUGCCAUUACAUCUACUGCCUCCUCGGGUGGUGCUUUGGCUUUGGCUGUGGCCUCUAGUUCUUUACAAACGAGGGAUCAAAUUUCUCAGAAAAGCAAAGCCACCAGAUUCCUUCCAGAUGAACAAUCCCGGGCCGUUGCUCGUGUUGAUAGAAGUGGAAGCAGUUGUUCGUCAUCCUCGGACUUCAUGGCUUGGUCCAGCGAAGCCACCGAAGAUGAUGAGGACGGAGAAGGCGAAGCCGAAGUGGACGAAGCGAAUGCAGCCCACUACCACGCUCAUUCCCAACGACAAGAAGCAAUUGUGCUUGAUGGCGAACCCAUCCAGGAUGAGGUGCCCAGGCUGAGUGGCCAUGAGCGUAGUAACUUGAGAAGAGGUAAACAUUCCAUUCAUGGCCCACCUUCCUCGUCUUCAUCAUCGUCGACCAAAACCUAUUCUGGAGCUAAUUUGAAUGUUUCCACAGGUCAACGUUAUGACGGGCUUGAACGGGGACGGGGAGGAGAAAGAACAAUAUUUAAUGAUUCGGGGGAUGAAAUGGAAACCGACGGAGGCUCAGAGGGCAAACAUCACCACCCGGACAAUAAUCGAGGGGCAGAUGAAGCCCUUCAAAUGUGUUGGACUAGCCGAGACAUAAGGUCGACGAGGUCUCAGGGAAAAAUGGAGCCUGCUUAUGUGGGUAAAUAUAGUAACAAGAUCCCUAACAAUUCCGAUCCUGAAGAGGGCAGAUCUGAGAGCCGUCUUCAGCUUUUUGGGCCAGCAGCCAAGAGGGGUCCUCAGGUCUUACCCCAACAGCAGCAGCAGCAGCAACAACAACAACAACAACAAUAUUUCUACCCUCCUCAUCACCACCACAAUCAGGAGCAUCAGCAUCAACAACAACCCAAUGCCAGAGGAAAAACCAUGCAACCACCAUCAGUCCCAUCGUCACCCAAAACGACUACGACAUCAGCUCCAACAUCAACAGCGUGUCAAAUUACGAGCCAAACCCAGGGAAACCUUUGUAACCCCACCUAUCAUCAAGUGGAGGAAGAGGAGAGAGAGAGGGAAACUGAAGGGAAAGAUCGAAGUGCUGCGGCAGGGGAAAUCCAAGACAACCUGAGACUUGGGCAUAAUCUAAUGGUGCCCGAAGAACCAAAUAGUCUGAAAUUGAAUUCAUCUUCAACCAUAGCCACCUCGUCGUCCUCUAGCCCAUCUAGUGCUCGUUCUCCUCGCGGGUCCUCUCCAUUUUUAUCAUUAUUAUCUGAUGGGAGUACAAAAGCUCAGAGCGUGUGGCCAAAGCAGGAGGGUGCAAUGAUGGCAUCAGGUUACCCGCAGGGGGUAUUUUCCACCACCUUAAAUGCGACUCGAACCAAGAGACGUAAUGGGACACAUCGGAGAAAGAGGCUCCCAGGGAAGAGCACCAAAGAUAGCACUCAGAAUACCAUUAAUGGAGGGAGUGGCAUUAACCAUGGACGACGUUCUGGUGUUGACGAAUUCACAAAUAAGUCAAUUAGCGCGAGGACUCCAACGGACUUGGCCGCCGGGAAAAUGCAACAGCAAAUACAGCAACAACGACGACAACAACGGCAACAACAACAACAACGACAACUCUGCCAUCCCAAGUAUCAGCAUCAAGAUCCACAGCCCAGCAUUUCGCACGAGUUGGAAACGAAGACUGAUACCAUCAAUGAACUUCAUCUCCGGAGGGUAAUGUCCUCUCAUUUCAGCCCAGAUCCGGUCGAAAAUGAGCUCGUGCCCAAGGAUGGUGUUCUCAAACUGAGGCCGUUAUCACAACUGGCCUCAAGGAAACAACCACAAAAGCCCUUUGAUGAUGACGACCUGUCGAGCGCUGUGCGAGACAAUGCGGUCGUGUCACCUGAUCUGCGAACGAGUUUCACUCACGGCUCGGACGUGAAGUGGUUGUAUUGCUCAUCCAGUGGAUGCUCGUUCUGGACCCGCAAACCUGACCGCAUGCUCCGUCACACCCAAUGUCAUGUACCCGACGCUCGGUACUACCGAUGUCCUGAUUGUAGCUCGAAGUUCUACUCGUUGGCCAAAUUGCUGAAACAUGAUCGCAAGGUUCAUACAGGCAUGAAGGAUUACGAGUGUCGGGUGUGCGAGGCUGAAGUCACCGACAUCAUUGUUCAUAUGAAGGUGAGCACGAAUUAUUGA